CGCUAUUUUUGCAAAAAUAUUGUGGAACGGGAUAUUAAAGAGAUAGUAGCGAGAGAUUCUGCGCUAAAGUAUCCCGAGAUGUGACGAGAAGGCACCUUAAGAACCUUUUAAUUCUAAGGAGGGAUCAGUCAAAAGAGAAAUAUACAUUCCGAUUAACUGCCGUCAAGGUUUUCGUUCAACUUGGCCAACAAAUUUUUUAAAAGCGGAUCAAGAUGAAUAUCCCGCCGAUUCAACAGCCAGGUGCUAUGGGUGUGGGACAAAUGGGACAGCCGGUAAACCCUCAGUUACCUCAGAAUCAACAACAGGCACAACAAACGCAGCAGCAGCAAGUGCAGCAGCAACAGCAGCAGCAGCAACAACAGCAACAACAAACACAGGACAAGCUCGAUAAUAUUUCUAAAGUAAAAUCUCUGGUUGGACCUUUGAGGGAGUCAUUAGCCAUAGCUCUUAAAACUGCCGCGCAGACAUUGCAUCAAAAUAGCUUGGUCGACGUAGGAACCAUGAAGGGCAUAGAGCAGCCAGAUCACCGAUUUAACAAGAAUAUGGAAGAAUUCUAUUCUAUUUGCGACCAGAUAGAGCUGCAUCUGAAGACCUCCGUGGAAUGUCUGUCCCAGCAUUCCAGUUCAGUUAGAUACCUACCGAUGUCUGUUAUCACAACUCGCACCGAUACAGUGAGCACGCAGGAGGGACCAGCGUUGUCUUAUCCACAGUUCCUAAUGACAGUGCGCGCACAAGUGGCAUACGCUCGCGAGAUUCAUGACACUCUUAUGUCUCACGCUCGCGCGAUAUCAUCUGGUGAACAACCUUAAUUUCUGUUAAUUCUAAAAAAAUGUUUCAAAUCCUCAGUAAAACGAGACAUUAUGUGAGGUGUUGCUAGAACAAUCGUAUUUUAUGGUAUAGUAAUAAGUUUUUUUUAGAAGAUAUUGAUUAUGAAGAUAUUAUUUAAUAAAUUAUAU